AUGGACUUUGAUACCAAGGCUGCCCACAGAAAAAGUAGGGCCCCUUGGCAGUCCAAUGCGGUGAAGUCCAACCCGUAUGCCAACGCAAACACCUUGCCCAAUGAGGGGAUUUCCAAUGUAAAUCCGUAUAGCACCUAUGGUAACAAUAGCGCCAGCAACAACGUUGUUAACAAUUCGAAUACAAAUAUUAGUUCCAAUACUUUACAAAUACCUAAGAAUCAGCGUGGUGUUAAUGGGGGUGCUGUGGGCGGAGGACCUUCGAAUGCGGUAGCCGGUACCGGCGCUUCUCGUAAAGUUAAUCGUCGUCUUAGUAUCCAUGCUUCAGCUGCUGCUGCAGGUCAUGGAAGACCUACCGCGGGAGGGGUGGCUACGUCACAACUUUAUAGAACCACUACCAAUCAAUCAGUCACUCUGGUAAUGUCUAGGGUUGAUGAUGGCGGUGGAGCAUUUAACCCCAAUGCAAAAGUAUUGGGUGAUCUUUCAGGGGGAACUGCAGCAGAAAUUGAUGACUAUUAUAAAGUUCUCACCAAACAACAAACCAUAGUAAAUAGAGAUAUCAAAGAUAAUAUUAAUGAGAAUCAAAAGAAUAUUUUGGAACUCACUAAUGACUUGAAGGAGACUCAAGAGGAAUUGUUACAAUUGCGAGUGACUACUCGAGAAUUGUAUGAAAUUUUGGAUGAUUUUAAAGACGCUGCUCAACGUAGAAUUGAGCUUGAGAAUGAAAAUGCUAGCAUUCACAAUGCUCUGGGAAGUAUGGCUGGUACAUCUAUGAGAACACCCUCCCAGAGUCUCCGAAAUGGGGGGAAAAGACUGGUGGUUAAGAAAAAGGAUCGUUCCUCAAUCAUUUAUCUUGAAAAAAUGUGGAAUGAUCAACUUCAAUCACUUUUCAAACAUGUAGAAGGGGCAUCUAAAUUUAUACAGCCAAUCCCUGGUCGCCAUAUAUUGGCAGAAAGUGGCCGUUGGUCUGAAGUUAAUGUUGGGAAUUGGAAAAUUGUAAAACCUGCUCAUCUUUUCAUUUUGAAUGAUGUUGUAUUGGUUGCUACCAAAAAGUAUUCUUCUGGUACAAGUACUGGAAGUCUGGAGGCUACUGCCACUACCCCUACAUCGUCCACGACUCCUAUGUUACUGGCGCCAGCCAACUCCAAGUCAAAACUUCAAGCUGUGUUUUGCUGGCCCUUGCAUGAAGUUAAAUUCCUGGAAGUGUCUACUCCAUCAAUAAAUCGUGGACGUGACAAUAGAGAUGAAAAUAAGACAUAUCUGGUUAAUUUGAAAUCGAAUUCAAUGAGUUAUGUAUAUCAAACUGAUCGUUAUGAUCAUUUCUUGAAGAUCCUGGAAGCGUUCAAAAAGGGUCAACAUGAACUUUCACAAAGAGAUCGUGCUUUUGAAAUCGCUCAUGGUUCUGAAGGUACCUCACGCGAUUCUGAAGAUAAAAAGCUGUUACGUGAAUCAUUAAGAAAUUCUGGUAUUGCCGAAAAUAGCGACGAUAAACGCAAGAGUAUAUCAGGUAAGAGAAAUAGUGCUGAGGGGUUAUUACAAGAUAUAUCUGCCAAGGUACACUCAAGAAACAGAUCUCAUGACUUCAAGAAUGGCUCACCAAAGUUAGGUGGAUCAAAUAGUGGAGGAACAGGACAAUUUUUCAAUGAUUUGAAAAGAAUUGAAGAUCGUAUUGAUGAAGUUGAUGUUGAGAUAGCACACAAUAAAUACGCUGAAUCUGCUGGAUUGAUCCGAUACAUUGAGAAUAAGAUUUCGAGUAUUGAAUCAUCUCUUGAUAUUGGAAUUAGUAAACAAUCUGAUUCUGGUAACAAUAGUUUAGAAGAUGAAGUAAGACUUCUUAUUGAAGUGAUCAAUUUGAAAAUCAAUACUAGAAAGACAAAAAUUCAAAAGAGUUUGACAUUUGAACUUCAAAAUAAUGUUUCGGCCCUUUCUGGUGAAGAAAUCUCGGGGAUCAUGGAAUUUUUCAAUAAUUUGGAACAACUUGAUCAUGGAGUGGCGGCGUAUUUACAUGCUAUGUCUGGUCACCUUAAUGCUACUGCGUCACGUUUGGUGGUGGGGGUCCAAGGCUCAACUAAAAUCGAUGUGGUCAAUUACCUUGGGAAUUUGGUUAUCAUAUAUGUUUCCAUUGUCAGAAGAACUAUUUCCACUUAUAAAGACUAUAUCAGCCCCAUAUUAGCGAAAGAUCCCAACAGCGUCUGUGAUUCGAGUGGAUUAAUAAACUGGUGUAACGAUGAAAUGUCACGUUUAGUGAUUGGAAUCAAAAAGCAUUUAUAUGGAACACUUGUAUCAAUUGCAGCAAGGGAUCCAAUAACUGAAGAACCUGUUUACCAAGUGAAGGAUGUGAAGCUCUUCAAUGAAUUCAUUGGCAUUAUCAAACCACAAUUGGAUGAAUUGAAGAAUGUUGGAGUAAACUUUGACUUUUUAUUCCAGGAUAUCUUUUUCCUCAAGUACUCAUAA